UUUAAGCGCACGAAUUAUGUGAAAAUAUGUUAGCAGGUGUUUCUGUACAACGUUGCGUUGCACAUUUUUAAAUUUUAUUGGAACUAUUUUGGACGGAAAUAUUCCUAGGAUUUCAUAGUGCGCCCGAAACGUCAGACGUUGUUGGGAAACAAUUGUUUUUCGUGUUUUUGCAGUGCACCGAAACCGAAGCGAUCGAAAAACAGAAACAUGGAUUACGUAGAAAAUUUGCUUAUUUACGCUAGAAACCUUUCACCUUUUUAUAUCUUCAGCAUGGUAAUAUCGCUAAGUGUCGUGUUGCUGACCGCCUAUCUCGGAUUCUCGGGAUGCACCGCAACAUUGAAUCACGAUGAACGAAACGAACAGCAACAAAGUAACAGUUCGCAUGGUAAAACCGCUCAUAACGAAUCAUCUACUCAAAACACGAAUGAUCUGUCGGAUGAUUCGGGUGAAGACCACAGCAAUGAUAGUGAGCAAGAGCAGCAACGGGAAAAUGAAAUCAACCGGCAGCUGCACAUCGAGUCGUUAGGCCAGUUGAAGUCAGCGAAACUGAAAUCGAUUGAAAAGUCGCUUACCAAUGAACAACGCCAAGCGGAAAAGGAAAUUGAACGGGCCCAGUUAGCAGCUAUAUUUGAGCUUCUGAAAAAACAAGCUGACUGUUCUAAUCUUAACGAAGAAGACUUAAAAGAGCAGCUUAGUUUGUAUCGCUAACAAGCUGCUUUGUGCGAUGAGUUGUGGGUUUAUAAAAGUGCGUUUUGUGUGCUAGUCAAUUUUUAACAGUAGAUCAAGAAAUGAGUGUCCAUUCGAUGUAGGUAUUAGAAUUAUGUUACAGGGACUGUUAGGGAAAUACGCAAACAAUCACAAUCAUAUCGAGAUACGUAUGCCUGUAUCUAGCAGAAGUUUAAAACCCUUUUUUUUAUUAAAAUAGAGAGAACAAUGCCUCUAUAGUCAUACAAACUCCAAUAGUAGUAAAACAAUGAAUAUUAAAUAACAUACUAGAUUUUAUUUACAUGACUGAUGAACGUGCAGGCGUACAGGUUUAAUCAAUUUUAUAGUUGUAAGCAAUGUCAUAGUUGCUAAUAAGCAUCUGCAAAAUCAGCACGUUGGAAAAGAAGAAAACAAUGCUUUGAAUCCAGAUGAAUUCGAACGUGUUCCAGCCCUUGAACUCCAGCAGAUAGGCUGGUAAUAGCCAGCCGCCCUGCGAGAUGAACCACAUUACUGGAAUGAAAACAGCUUUCCGAAUGCCGAUGUUUCGAAAAUUUUUCACACACAACGGUAACAGCGACAGGAACCAGACGAAGUACUGCGAUGUAACGACCGGAUUGUAUGUAACCAUUACGAA